UGUGUGUACUAAACUCAGUGCAAGGAGAGUAUAAAAGUGUCUGAUCUCUGCACUGGCUUCACCACACCUGACUGAUCAUCUCCUCUUCUGAUCUCCAAGAUUCGGGUUCCCUAGACACUCAGCGAGAUAACAACCAUGUCGAUUACCAGCAAACUGGAAACAGCCUUGAAUGAUAUUAUCGAUGUGUACCACAAGUACUCUGAAAAAAGGCCCAACUCGGAUGAUUUCCUGCAGAAGCAUGAGUUCAAGCAGCUGCUAAAACAGCAUGCCAAGUCAUUUCUGGCGUGCACUAUCCCGCGCGGGAAGACAGAGGACGAAUACAUAGAAGACCUGUUUAAGAAGGCCGACAAAAACAAAAAUGGACAACUCCAUUUCGAAGAGUUCGUUACCACGCUGGCAAAAUUGGCCAUACAUGCUCAUGAUCUCUCACACGGGGCUUGUGAUGAAGGGUCUGGGAAGCCGGGUGAUGGGCAUGGGCAUGGGCAUGGGCACGGCCCCAAUUAACUUGGGCAUGAGCAUAAUUCUGGCCCCGCUGCUGGAAGCUCCUCUGGGCACGGGUGUCAUGGCUGUGGCACUAACCCCAGCGAUGACUCUAACCACCGAAGUCAGGGAGACCCUUUGAGUUAAAACAAGACGAGAUUUUGCAAAUAUCGAACGUAACCAGAGAAUCUUUGCCUGUUUGGGCUGAUAAUGUAGCAAUAAAACUUGCCUCUAAUGCAA